CAGCGCCCAGUGUCUGGACAGCCUGUAGGAGGCACACACGCCUACACCCACCCUGCCUAGCCGCACCCCUGCCCAGCAUGUCGGCGCUCGAGUGGUACGCCCACAAAUCUCUGGGCGAUGGCAUCUUCUGGAUUCAAGAACGCUUCUAUGAGUCCGGCAACCGCGCCAAUAUCUGGCUGGUGCGUGGCUCCGAGCAGGACGUAGUGAUCGAUACCGGCCUGGGGUUGCGCAGCCUCCCGGAGUACCUGUAUUCCUCCGGCCUCUUGCAGGACUGCGGGGCCAAAGAGGAUGCGGCGCCCCGGCCGCUUCUGGCUGUGGCCACCCACGUGCACUUCGACCACUCCGGCGGUCUGUACCAGUUCGACCAGGUGGCCGUGCACCACGCUGAGGCCGAGGCCCUGGCUCGCGGGGACAACUUUGAGACCGUGACCUGGCUUUCCGACAGCGAGGUGGUGCGGGCGCCCAGCCCCGGCUGGAGGGCCAGGCAGUUCCGAGUGCAGGCUGUGCAGCCCACCCUCAUUCUGCAGGAUGGGGAUGUGAUCAACCUUGGUGACAGACAACUCACUGUUAUGCACAUGCCAGGUCACUCCAGAGGCAGUAUUUGCUUACAUGACAAAGACCGAAAGAUUCUCUUCAGUGGCGAUGUUGUAUAUGAUGGAUCACUGAUUGACUGGCUCCCAUACAGCAGGAUAAGUGACUAUGUUGGAACUUGUGAACGUCUAAUAGAAUUAGUGGACAGAGGUCUGGUUGAGAAAGUGCUCCCUGGGCAUUUCAAUACCUUUGGUGCUGAAAGGCUUUUUCGAUUGGCUUCUAACUAUAUUUCAAAAGCUGGGAUAUGUCACAAAGUAUCUACUUUUGCCCUGAGAUCUCUUGCAAGUUUAGCCCUGCGUGUAACAAAUUCGAGGACCUCACCCUAGUAUCUAUGCCUACAAUCUAUUUUGAUUAACUGUAUACAUUAAUCCAAUUCAUUUUGUGCUGUUUAAAAUGGUUAAUAGUGUGCAUUUCAAAAGUGCUUUUAUACCACUGUUGUAUAUUAGAGGGGGAAAAAAGAUUGAGAAUGAAUAAGCCAAAAAGAGGAAAGUUUUAGUUUAAUUUUUUUUCUUCCAAGUAAGUUAUCACUUAAAUAAGCUUAUAAUUUGCCAAAGCUAUCAUAAUUUGUGCUCUAAAAAUGCCAUAAGUAUAUAAAGGGACACGAAGAGGCAUUUUGUAACACCAGAAAGAACUUUCCUUGCCCAUUUUUCUUAUUUUAUUUCCUAGGUGACCCGUGAAAAAAGGCAUCUAGAGCCUUGUGUUUACAUGGUAAACUUGAUUUUUUUAGUAUAUUAUUUUAAGAUAAAGGUUUUGGGGUUCAAAAUGCAUUAGAAUUCAAUAUAAACAUGUAAAAUCUAAUCAUUUAGAAUGACAGCCAAAACAUCCCAUGGUUAUUGUCUAGAAUUAUUUAAUCCUCCUUCAUUUUAUUUAUUUUGUUUGUAAUUGUAGCAUACAUUAUAUGCUAUAUAAUUUAACUUAUGAAAAAUUAUAAUGAAUUUUGUUUUAUUGCAAAGCUUUAAAUAUCAAUUGCAGAGUACUUCAGUAAAAAAACUACUAUUUAUUGUUGUCUGUUAUUAUGCAAGUAAUAUUUUCAAUCAUAAAAAUGAAAAUCAAAUGUGUGUAAUCUAAUAACAAAUUGUCAGAUUUCUUA